AUGUCAAAUCAAUCUAAAAAGUUCCACGAUUACUUGGAUCGAUCUAAAAAGGGUUCGAAUCCUUUGUCACGUCUUUUCUUCUCAGUGGUUCGUGCCAUUGAUCCCUAUAUUCAAUACCUCAUUGUUGUGCCGGGUUAUGGCCACCAAAUUAUAUCAAAAACUGGAAUCGUCACGAUUAAUCCAGGACAAAAGGGACUUGUUCUAGUAGUUAUGACAGCAGCUUGUACUAUCAAACAGAUCUUUCAUAUGACAUGCAUUUUGGAAGAACAAAUUAGUUAUCCGAUGAUACUUGCAAUAGGCAUUUUCGAUAUAAUUACUCAUUCUCUUGCUACAUUAUCUUCUUUCAUCUAUGGUCCAUCCAAUGGAUUAGGUACUUUACAAUAUGUUGGUAUUUCUUUCUUUACGGUGGGUAUUCUGACAGAACUGAUUUCGGAACUUCAACGUAAACGAUUCAAAAAUAAUCCAGUCAAUAAAGGCAAAAUCUAUUCCGGUGGCCUAUUUUCUCUUGCACGGCAUAUUAAUUAUGGUGGCUUCACUCUUUGGCGUACUGGGCUGGUUCUAACAAGUGGUAAUUACUGGUUGGCAGCUUUGCUUUUCUCCUUACAUACAUGGGAUUUUACAACAAGAGCUAUACCAUGCAUGACGGAUUAUUGUAGUAAGAAAUAUGGUGAAGAUUGGAAGAAAUUCGAAAACGACGUGCCCUACACUUUGUUUCCUUAUAUUUGUUAG